CAUAGAUUAAAUGUAAGCAAUUUAAGUCUGAACUAAAACAAUGUAUGGUUGGAUACAACCUGUUUUAUAUAGUGUAGUGAAUUAAAAACGAAUUGUUUACAGCCGUUUUUAAGUAAGAAAGUGGUGUUCAAAUUCACAAAUAAUGUUUUAUUGCAUGUCUGAUUAAAUUCAUUGAAUAACUUGUGUGAACUUUAUUGAUCGAAAAGUGGACAUGUAAUUGAAAUAAAAGCUAUAACAAUGAUAGGCUAAACAAUGAGUUCAUUGAGGGUUGUACCAAGGAGAACUUGGGGAGGUAAAGACAUCCAGGGUAACCUACCACGUGUCAAAUAUCCAGCUGACAAAAUAUUCUACGCCUUCGUAUUCGCGGAACGAAAACACGGACCUAGGCCCGGGGCCUUGGAGAUAGAAUGCGUGGAGUAUCUGCAAAGGUUACAAAACUGGGAUAUGAGGAGGAAAAAGGAUAUCAGAUUCAAUUUUGUUAUUGCCCCGGACGGAAACAUUUACAGAGGUCGUGGAUGGAAUAACGCCCCUUUUCUCCCACACAAGCAUAAGGAAUUCAACUACACGUCCUUCUACAUCGGAUAUUUAGGGGACUUUAGAUAUGACAUGCCUGCUAUUGAUCACUUGUACCUUCGAAGAAACAUAGUCCAGUUCGGUAUAGAAAACAAAUAUAUAUCUGAAAGAUUCAUCGAAAUAAACUUGAGACACACACUUAUACCUCUUUUGUUUGAUGAGCUUGUAAAAAUAAAUUGAUAAAGUAGAAAUAUAAAU